CUCCAGAUAAUUGCCAUUCUCCUCGCUCUAGCAACGUAUACUUGGGCAGUCCUCUACUACGCCCAGGAAGUCAUUUACAAGCCAUUUUGCCCUCGACUAACGACACCAGACACGGUACAUGUGUGGGACAAGGUCGAGUUCAACCCGCAGCUCGUGAAUCCGGUGACGCCAGGUCAUGACCACCCACUGUUGGGCAAUCCGACCCCAGAGGUAGAUGCAAACUGGUCUGCACUGCUCUCAGCGUUUGCCAACCGAAUCCCGGAAUCCGAGGUACGACGCCUUGGUAUGGAAGCAGAUGCGAUACCUUUCAACGAUGGGGAAGGCGGCUACCUCGUAGGUCUUGCCAUGGUGCAUAACCUACACUGUAUCAACUGUCUGUACCAGGUUGCGCAUAGAGACUACUACUACACUCCCAAUACCACAGAGAAGGAAGACGCAACUCAGAAGAGUCACAUAGGACACUGCCUCCACCACAUCAUGGAGUCUGUAAAAUGCCAGGCAGACCUGACGCCCGUUCUACUUCACUGGACUCUCCAUGAUUUCCACUCGGUCAUCAACUGGGAUGGCGUCGAACGUACCUGUGCAGACUGGUCGCAGUUGAUGGACUGGGGUUCGGAGCAUUCCGUGGGAAAGUCUACCUCCAUAUCUCAGUUCACCGACACAAAACAUCCAAUAUACGGCAACUUCUUGAAUGAACACGGCAAGUUCAGCUGGGUAGAUCAGGAGGGAGGCGUGAAUUAUAAGGAGUUUUUCAAAACGCCAGAGUAUCAGAAGUGGGCGAAAGAUCAGGGGCUCGCCUUGGGGGAGGCGGCGGCGGAAGAGUACCUGAAGUCGUUUUACGUCAAGCAGUAG